AUGAAGGUCUUCAUUCUCUUGGGUAUGGUAACCUUUGCUGCAUCGGGCAGCUUUGAGUCCUAUGAAUACCGACCACCAAGGCGUUCGUCUGAGGAGUCCUACGAGUCAGGCGAGGCCAAGUACAACUUCAACUGGGCCGUGAGUGACGAUUCCUCAAGCAACGAGUUCGGACACCAGGAGGCCCGUGAUGGCGACGAUACACAGGGAUCCUACUACGUACAGCUCCCUGACGGCCGCCUGCAGACCGUCAAACAAUGUAAUGGUGCCAAUUCCUACAAGACAUUGACUAUAUUUAGGAGAGUAAAAAUGUUCCCCCAUGCAAUAUAUCGCCGCGCCCAUGUUGGCAAAGAAGCGCACUAUAUAAUGUCUGCAGCCGUGUGA